AUGGAUCACGGCUCGAAUGGCGGCAUGAAGCACGGGCAUGGAGGGAUGGAAGACGGAGGGAUGGAUCAUUCUAUGCCUAUGAAGUGUUCGAUGAACAUGCUCUGGAACUCUCAGAUCAGUGGCACAUGCGUCGUAUUCGAACGUUGGAGUAUACAAACUUGGUGGGGGAUGGUUGUUUCAUGUGCCGCUGUGACAUUCCUCUCGUUCCUAUACCUGCACCUCCUGCACGUUGCACAACAGCAAGACAAGCGAACGGCUAUUCAGCUCUAUCUCGGCCAGAGACCGGAGACUUCCCUCUUGAUCAGGACCUCGGUACCAGCUCUCAAUGCCGAUCGAGACCACGACGGCUCGCAAGCCAUCAGCCGAUCGGAAAGUCCUUUGCCAGGUGGACGGAGCGGUAAUCUCGGAAUUCAGAAAUUACCAUCCUCGAUCAGGCUCUUCAGGGCGAUCCUAUACGCGACUACCAUGGCUCUCUCAUUCUUUCUUAUGCUUGUUGCGAUGACGUAUAACACGUACCUCUUCUUCUCGAUCAUCCUGGGCGGCUUCAUUGGCCAUUGGACGUACGAGAGCGAGAUGAACGUCGGGGCGGUGAUGAAUGGCCAGCAGGUCAAAGGGUACGCUUGUCAUUGA